AAUGGGUGGGUUGUGAGCACUGGUAAGACUGAGGAGCCGCGCCGCCUUAUGCCGCUCUCUCCCCUCUUCUCUCUCUCUCUCUGCCCUUGUUCCUUCUCGUCCGUUUAUCUCUGUUCUCCAUGUCCUCUGCUGUUCCGUCUCUGGGGUUUUCGCUGCCAGGUAAUGAGGAGCUGUGGGUCCCGUCAGCCUUGGAGAUGCCGAAACGCCGAGACAUCCUGGCUAUCGUGCUGAUAGUUCUUCCCUGGACGCUGCUAAUCACCGUCUGGCACCAGAGCACCAUUGCUCCUCUGCUUGCAGUGCACAAGGAGGACGGUGGGGACGCCCAUCGUGACUUCUCCCAAGGCUUAGACUCCAAGGAGUACUGCCUGUCUGAUCGUGAUAUCGUGGAGGUGGUUAGGACAGAGUACGUCUACACCCGCCCACCUCCUUGGUCGGACGCCUUGCCCACCAUCCACGUUGUCACACCCACCUACAGCCGGCCGGUCCAAAAGGCAGAGCUGACGAGGCUGGCCAACACUUUUUUGCAUGUGAUGAACUUGCACUGGAUCCUGGUGGAGGACUCCCAGCGGCGGACCCCUCUCGUCACGCGGCUCUUGAGGGACACUGGGCUGAACUACACUCAUCUCAAUGUGGAGACCCCACGCAACUACAAGCUGAGGGGGGACAUGAGGGACCCACGGAUCCCCCGGGGGACAAUGCAAAGAAACCUGGCCCUGCGGUGGCUGAGGGAGAUGUUUAAUAAGAACAACAGCCAACCUGGGAUUGUUUACUUUGCAGAUGAUGAUAACACUUACAGCCUGGAACUCUUUGAGGAGAUGCGGACUACCAGAAAAGUGUCGGUGUGGCCUGUGGCCUUCGUGGGGGGCUUGCGCUACGAGUCACCCAAAGUGAAUGCUGCUGGGAAGGUCUACGGCUGGAAGACUGUCUUUGACCCUCACCGGCCUUUUGCCAUUGACAUGGCGGGCUUUGCCGUGAACCUCAGGCUCAUCCUCCAGCGACCUCAGGCUUACUUCAAACUCCGUGGGGUGAAGGGUGGCUAUCAGGAGAGCAGCCUGCUCCGGGAGCUGGUGACCCUGAAUGACCUUGAGCCAAAAGCUGCCAAUUGCACUAAGAUCCUCGUCUGGCAUACAAGGACAGAGAAACCCGUCCUAGUGAAUGAGGGGAAGAAAGGCUUCACAGAUCCAAAUGUGGAAAUCUGA